AUGGGCGCCGACGCCUGGCUCCAGGAGACGGUCGUGCUCUGCGUGUGGCCGCGCCGACCGCUGCCGCUGGCCGACGCGACCUUUGACAUUGGCGGUGGUCCGUGCGCUAGCGUGGCCUCGCGCGUCGUGACCAUGGAGGUCGAAGAGCUGCACCCGCCGCUGGCCGAGGUCCCGCCACGCCGGUCGCUCGUCUACCUCUACGACGACUGGGCCGACAAGGUCGCUGGCUUCCUCAAGAAGUACCGCGUCGGGUUCUUUGGCGACGGCUUGUUUCAGGGCCACGUCGAGACCGAUUCGAUGGCGUCGACGGCGUCGCAGGCCACCGACUUUAGCUGCGUCGUCGUGGCCGCGCCCGAGCUUCUCGAGGCCGCCGGUCUCUUCAUCCACGACGACGACGACAGCGAAAACGACGACGAACCCGCGCCGCGUCGCAGCAUCUUUCUGCGCUACCAAGAGCCGAUCCGCGCGCCCAACUCGGACCAAGUCGCGUACGAGCGUCUCUGCACGUUGCGCGCCGAGACACGGCCGCCCCCGCCGUCGAAGAAGCGCCGACUCCGCGUCGGCGACAAGUACCAGUACACGCCGCUCGCAGCCCUCGGCGAGCGCACGGCCGACGUCUACGGCGUCGUCGUUUCGUACACGACACCCAAGCAGGCGUCGCGCGGUCGCAUGGACUUUGAGAUGACGCUUGCGAUCAUCGACGAGUCCCGACCCGAGCGCGCCCAGGCGCUGUACAUCAACGUCUUUGCACCGGACCUCGCGCACCUUCCGCGCAUCCUCGCGGUCGGCGACGUCAUUCGGUUCCACAAGCUCGUACUGUCGCGCUACAACGGCGUCCUCGUCGCGCUAUGCACGCGGGCGUCGCGCUUCGUCGUCUUCCGCCUGGCGGACGGGUCGAGCACUGAGGUGGUCCUCACGCACACGUACGAGUCGGUGACGUACCUUCCGUCCGACAAGGCCCGCGCGAUCGCUCUCCUGCAGUGGGGCGCGUCGACGCUGCCGACCGACCACACGACGUGUCCGCGCAACCAUUUCGGGCCGCCACGCGCCUUGCGUCACGUCUACCCGGCCGCGUACGUCGACGUCGUCGCGUUCGUCGAGUCGCCGUUCCGCGCCGGCCACCCGGCGGUCGCGGUCGUCUCGGACCGCAUGCACGUGACGGCCGAGGUGCAUGUGCACGCGCACUUUGCCACGCUGGACACGAUGGGCUGGACGGCGGCGGCGGUCGGGCGCUGGUGCCGCUUCCGCGGUGUUCAGGUCACGGCCACCGACUCGCUCGUGCUCCACUUUGGCGUCAUGUCGUCGCUCGAGAUCUACCCGACGCCUGCGACUCCGCCGCGCCUUCCGCCGCUCGACCGGAUCGUGACAACGGUGCCCCGUGCGAUCGCUGCGCUCAGCUGCGUGAGCUUGGCGACGUUCCUGACGACGCCCGUACCGUGCAAGGCCCACGUCAUGGCCGAGAUUGUCGACGUGAGCCCGCGGACCGCGGCGGCGUUUACCACACGCAUGAACAACCAAACUGUCUACAUGGGACUCCUGCGGCUCCAAGACGCCACUGCAAGCGUCGAUGGCAUCCUCUUUGGCGCCGACGGGGAGAUGUUCUUUGGGCGCCCCGCCGCCGAGACUGAGGCGCUCGACGCGCGGCUCACGCACCUCAUGGCGCACCGGCAGCCGCUGCAGUGGUGCCUCGUGUCGUACGCCACGGCCACCAACGACGUCCGCGUCCGCAUUGUCCAGACCCGACUCGCCAACUCGUCAUAA